UUUUUUUGCAUCAUUAAUUACUCCUUUUUAGCGUCCCUAUACACGAGCAUCCCGUGAGAGGGAUUUCUAUCUAAAAUCAACGGCUUAGGUUUAAUCCUUUCUCUUUACAUCGAACGGUUAGUAUUACUUUGGAGAAUGGUGGUUCGGAAAGUCGGUUUUGGGCUAUAAAUUAAAAAAAAAAAGGGUAACGCUUUCUUUAUUUCUCGAGAAUUAUCAUUCAUCGGUUGCUUCUUUGAUUCUAUCGAACCUCUUCUCCCUCUCUAAUUCCGGUAAGGUUUCUGCUUAUAAUUUUUUUGCCUUAACAUUUGAAACGAAAUGGAAGGAUAAUUUUUUUCUUGUUUAAAGUGUAAUGAAAUUGUGAGAUUUAGUCGGCUGGUUUAUGGGCAUUAUCAUUAUUAUUUUGUUCUUUUUUUUUCGUGUUUUUUGUCUUAAUUUCUUUUUUCUUUUGCUGUUCUUUUUUUGUCAUGCGACAACAUGUUCGAGGUCGAAUUAAUGAGGUUUUAGCUGUAUUAUGAAGUUUUGGCUGUUCCAUUAUCACUGUAGUUUGGAAAAUGAUUGUGCAGGGUUUAUGAAGGUCAAAAUGGGAUUCCAGUUAAAAGAUGUAACCGUCGCGCUUUUCAUAUCGUUGCUGUUGCUUCCUCUGGCCUUCUCCUCUUCUGAUGAUGGGCUUGUUAGAAUUGGUCUCAAGAAGAUGAAAUUUGAUCAAAAUAACCGCCUUGCUUCGCGGCUUGAGACAGGGGAAGGAGAGGCUUUGAGAACAUCUAUACGGAAGUACAAGUUCCGUGGUAAUAAGCUUGGGGACUCUGCUGAUACUGACAUUGUUGCACUGAAGAAUUACAUGGAUGCUCAGUACUUUGGUGAGAUUGGUAUUGGUACCCCUUCUCAGAAAUUCACUGUGAUCUUUGACACCGGCAGCUCAAAUUUGUGGGUUCCUUCAGCUAAGUGCUACUUCUCGGUGAGUUUGUACAGUCUUUGUACCAUGCGUAGUUCAGCAUUUUCUUGGAUUUUAUCUGUUGGUCAAUCGUAAAGAGGUCUUUUUAAUACUUCCAAGUAUUCUAAUGCAGGUGCCAUGCUUUUUUCAUGCUAAGUACAAGUCCAGCCAAUCCAGUACUUAUAAGAAGAAUGGGAAGUCUGCUGCAAUUCAUUAUGGAACUGGAGCUAUAUCUGGAUUUUUUAGUGAAGAUAGUGUCAGAGUUGGUGACCUAGUUGUAAAAGAUCAGGAAUUUAUUGAGGCUACGAGAGAGCCCAGUGUCACUUUUCUUGUGGCCAAGUUUGAUGGUAUUCUGGGACUUGGAUUCCGAGAGAUAUCUGUUGGAAAUGCUACUCCAGUGUGGGAUAAUAUGGUUAAGCAAGGUCUUGUGAAGGAAGCUGUGUUUUCUUUUUGGCUGAACCGCAAGACAGAGGAAGAGCAAGGAGGGGAAAUUGUUUUUGGUGGAGUUGAUCCCAAUCACUUCAAGGGGAAACACACUUGGGUUCCAGUGACUCGGAAAGGUUAUUGGCAGUUUGACAUGGGUGAUGUCCUCAUAGAUGGUAAACCAACAGGUUACUGUGACGGAGGGUGUUCUGCAAUUGCUGAUUCUGGGACUUCUCUCUUGGCUGGGCCUACGGCCAUUAUAACUAUGAUAAACCAAGCAAUUGGAGCUUCUGGUGUGGUAAGCCAAGAAUGCAAGGCUGUGGUUGAGCAAUAUGGCCAGACAAUUAUGGAUCUGCUUUUGGCUGAGGCUUCACCAAAGAAGAUAUGCUCCCAAAUUGGUGUAUGCGCUUUUGAUGGAACUCGUGGUGUUAGCAUGGGUAUAGAGAGUGUUGUGGAUGAGACUGCCGGUAAAUCAGCUGGAUUACGUGAUGGUAUGUGCUCUGCCUGUGAGAUGGCAGUUGUUUGGAUGCAGAGCCAACUCCAGCAGAACCAAACACAAGAGCGCAUCUUGAAGUAUGCAAACCAGCUUUGUGAGCGAUUGCCCAGCCCCAUGGGUGAAUCCGCUGUUGAUUGUGGAAGCGUCGCGUCUAUGCCCAAAGUCUCCUUUACUAUUGGUGGCAAAGUUUUCGAACUUUCCGCAGAGGAGUAUAUCCUCAAGGUUGGCGAAGGUGCUUCCGCUCAAUGCAUUAGUGGUUUCACUGGUCUUGAUAUUCCUCCUCCUCGUGGACCACUUUGGAUACUUGGAGAUGUUUUCAUGGGUCGCUACCACACUGUAUUUGAUUCCGAGAGGCUUAGGGUUGGGUUUGCCGAAGCUGCUUAAUGAAGUUGGUGGUAGUGUUUGUUGGUUUGGUCCUUUGCCCAAAUUGUCAGUCAUUUGGGUAGAGCCUAGUAUCCAUGUUCAUAUAUGUAUUGUCUCCCUUUUCUAAGUACUAAAAAUGUUGGAUUUUUAGCUGGAAGCUUACCUGUACAUAUAAGUCGAUGAUGCUGUUUUCUUUUCUUCCUUCCCUAUUAAUUUUACAGAGUCUACUUAUAUCUGGCCAGAAAGGUCGAAGCUAAACCUUCAAUAUUAGUACAAGGAUAAGAAGAACAUGCUAAACAAAUCACGGCCAUGGAAGCAGCUUAUUAAUAUUAUCUCUCUGAACAGAAAUUUUUGUGACAUUAACAUUGAGAAAUCCAUUCUCCGUUCUGAAUCCCAUUGAUUGUGGGAACCGGCAGUUGUAUAGAAACAUCUGUGCAUUUUCCGACAAUCAUUUUGGAGAUUUAGGCACCGGCCCGCCGUGAGAGAAUUUUCUUCUGCCAGUGGUGACAUUUCACUUCUAAUAAGAUCAAAUUGAAUUGAGUAUAACCCACGUUUUUAAUAGACUAUCAAUAGACGUUAUAUUUCUUCUGCCUUAUAUUUCUUCUGCCAGUGGUGACAUCUCACUUUGAAUAUGAUCAAAUAUAAUCUACUGAACUGAAUAUUUAGUUCUCCCACGUUUUUUUUUACAGACUAUCAAUAAACUACGUCGGGAGUGGUACAGGUAUAUUGCUCUACAGCUGCCAAUGCCUGGUGGUACUUUAUCUGCGCCGGAAACCUUUUGAUAAGUUAUCACAGGUGAUCCAAAACAAGAGAAUGGAAUAAUUCUUAAUCUUCAUCCUGAAAGAUUCCACCGAGUACAAGUGAAAGAGCAGACCUAAUUUUGUAACGCCAUUGGUGAAUGGGUCGAUGCUUUACACGUUUGAAGGCGACAUCCACCUUACAAAUUGGCUUCAAUUUCUAUAGUUGGAUUGAUGACUUCAAAAGUUUUUAACCUAAUUAAUCAAUCUAAGCGUUUACCUUUGCAUCCAUCUUUUUUAGUUGUUUAUUUUCUUUUCUCGGACUGGAUAGAGCCACAUUUUCAGUCACUUUUUUUCCAAAACUCAGCCGGAUAAUCCUGUGUAAUUUGAGCACUAUUUAUAUUUCAUGCUUUUGCCGGGCAUAUGGGACAGAUUCAUUCACCGAUCAAAUCCACUGUAUUUACUCUCUCUCCAUCCACCAAAUGAAUGUAUAGGCUUCCUUUAACCUUGUUGACCUUGUCAAAUUGUUAGUCUCUAAUCGAC